AUGCUGUCACAUAUUUCCGACCAGAUUGAUGCAGAUAAUAAAAGCCUUGUUAUGGCGGUUCCUCCACACUAUGGGCUAGCAGCCAGAUCCGUUUUGGCAGAGGCUAUAACCUUAGCCGGGUUUACCCACCUGGCAUUUAUUGACCAGGCGGUGGCGGCUGGUAUCACAUUAUGCCAAUCAAUGCAAAAGGGCACGACUGUUAUGAUUUAUGACCUAGGAGAGGAGGGGAGUGAAGUAUCAAUUUUGACUAUUAUGCCAAGAAAUAAAGCAGAUAAUACACCACACAAUGUUGUAACACUAGGAAUCGGUUAUGAACUAGGCAUAGGUGGCAGAUAUCACGAUCAAAUGCUACGCAAAUUAAUUAUCGAUAAAUCUAAAGAUAGCAAACCUUUUGAGAAUAUCCCCCUUGGUGAUUAUAAGAAGAAGUUGGGAUUAUCAGAUAAAGUCACUAUUCAAGGCGCGGGAGGGAAGGAAUUUGUUACUAUAACCCGUGAGGAAUUUGAACAAGCAAUAAAGCCUUCAUUAAAUUUGUUAAAGAACCCCAUAGAUGCCGCUCUUGGCAUGGCGAAUAAGUUACUUUCUGAUAUGGAUAGCAUCGAAAUAAUUGGUGGUUCCUGGCGUGUACCAAUUGUAAAAGAGUACAUAGAGGAAGCAAUCAAGCCUCAUACAUUGGCAAUUCACCUAAAUGCGGACGAAGCUAUUGCUAAUGGUGCAGGAUUAGUCGCAGCAUCUCUUUCAUCAAAGUCUUUUCUGGCUUGGACCGAAUUAUCUCACCAUCCUCUAGAAAUUAAAUGCUUUUAUGAUCGUGGCAGUGACGAUAAACCGUUUUACGAGGAAGAAAUAUUUCCAAAAGGGUUUACACUAGCUGCAAAUAAGACUAUUGUUUUGGAGGUUAAAUCAGAUUUCUCAAUAUCAUUUUAUGACAUCAAUACUCAAACUACCGUUUACAGUGAUGGUUUCCCAAAGUUUAUAAUCACGGGCAUUAAACCUAAUGAUAACCCCAACACUUCACCUUUAGCCUCAAAUGACCUUGAAUCCAAAGAUGUUGACAACUUGUACAAAGUAAGCAUAACAGUUACGAGGGAUAAUAAGGGUAUCCGGGUUAAUUCUGAAUUGGUAACUAACUCUGGCAAUGACAAGGACAAAAACGUCACAUUGAAAGUAAAACAACUAGAUGCAACCCCCUCAAAGACAUAUUUUUCCAGAAAAGAAACAUUAUUAAACUACAUAAAUAAGGAUAUACAGUACAACAAUCGUAUAAUGGCUCACUCCAACCUAGAGUCUACAGUCUACAAUACUUACAGACUCAUAGAACAAACACAGACAAUAGUAGCUGGUGAACCAAUUGAACACUAUAAUAAGUUGAAGCUGGAGUAUUUCAUCAAUGAUGAAGAGAAGAAGAAUAUAAAGGAUGAAGCAAAAAAGAUUGAGGAUUGGUUGGAAAUAUACGGGUACAAAGCGACACUGGAGGAGCUGGAGGAGAAGUUGAAGCAAUUGAAUUCAUUUAUUUCCCCGGCUAAAACCCGCCAAAUUGCCUUCAGCAAGUGGGUAACCCUAGUUUCUUUGCUGAAAAAGGAAGAGAACCAUGAGAUUUUGGAGCUUUACCAAAAUCUGGUGUCUAAAAACCCCGACGAAUAUGGUAAGUCAGAUAAUUCUUUCGACGAAUGGUUGGAGAAUCACUUUAAGGAGAACAUAUCCAUUGGGUUACCGAAUCUUUCAACAUCUGCCCUAAUGAAGCAGACGGUCAAUCUCAAAAAUCUGACUGAGGCUAGGCUGGAGAAACUGAAGGAGAUCAAAGCCAAGCCCGCCGAAAAGGAUGAUGUCAAAGCCAAGCCUGCAGAGCAGGAUAAUAAUUAUAGCGCUGACGAGGAUGGCGAUGGCAGCAAAGACAAAAGUAAAGAGGAUAAAUAUGGCGAUAAAAAGGAUAAUGCUGAGCACAAUGAACUGUAA